UUUUUGAGAACUGUGUCAGAUUCGAGACACAGAAAAAUGGAAGCGGACAAGUUCGAUUUCGAUUUGAGCGUUAAUAGUUUGGAUCAAUCUCUCAAGAACGCCAUUGAGUUGGGAAGUCCUGAGAUAGUCGCCGCGGUCAUCGAGAAAGGCGCUAACGUGAGUUGUCAAUAUCCUCAGUCAAAUUGGAGCAGUCCGCUUCAUUUGGCAAUCGAGUUGGGGUUUGAGGCGAUAGUUGAGUUACUGAUGAGCCAUAAACCCAACUAUGCACUGAUCGAUGGGAAAAACCAAACGCCGGCAGAAUUGGCUCUGGGGAUUCCCCGAUUGAAGGCACUGGGUCGAAAGAUGAUUGAGGCUGAAUUCGGCGAAGUUGAUCCGGUGAAGGCGAUCUACGAACUGCUGAAGCGAAGUUCGGUGGAAGCUGUGCAGGUGCUGUUCGAUUUGUUGGCGAUGCCCCGGUCCGAGCUGAUCGAAUGCUUGGCCAAGGCGUGGAGUAAGCUGGAAGUGAUGAAUGUGGAAAUCGAUCGGCGUGUGGAGCUGUUUGCGCAUAUGACGCUAAUCGAGUUCGAUUAUGAAGACGCAUCGCGGCAUCAGCAUCUUUCCGAUGCGGAAGUAACUGCUAGAAUGUGUGCGAUCGUGGAGGCAAUCGAUCUGGUGGAGCAGAAGUACGACACCGGAUUGUGUCACGAUGUGAACGAUGAAUUUAUGGAGCUGCUGCGAGUGAUUUUGCGCAAUUUGUUUCGCGUGAAGAAUCGCUUCGAAAGCUUUCCCGCGAUGCAGCUGGAGUUUUGUGUUGCCAUUUUUAUCGCGAUAAUCGACCGGAGGCCGGAGAUGGAAGUUUUUCAGUUUGUGAUUAACAAGUGUUUGAUCGUUGAUUUUUUGAAAAUGUUUAGGAAAUAUGCACAAACAAAAGAUACAAGAAUCAAUCUGGAGCUAUUGAUGGGGAUGAUUAAAGUUCUACAACGAAAUUAUUUAUCAAAGUUUAAGAGGAUAGUUCUAAGUUGGAAGUCAGUGAUAGGAAACACGUAUAGGUUUAAAGAGCAACUAAUGCUAAAAAAUCGACUUUUGAACAAUCCAAAGAUUAUGAAUAUAAAUGAAGAAAGUACGUUAACAACAAGUGAAGUCAGCUUCUUACACCAGGAGGUAGACGCGAUCAAUCGAAUGUUUACCAUUCGAAAAAUUAGAAGUCGAUGCAAAACAUUGUUGAAAACGUAUUUCAAACUAAAACAACUGUAUUCUCUCCAAAAGUGCACCGAAUAUCUAAAGAUAGUCGUUGUUCCCAAUUGGGGCACGAAACAUUCUCAGUACGUAACGAUUCUGGCAGUCCAGCGAGCUAUUCAAGUUCUCGGAGAAUCGUUGAAGUCGACUAAACUGUCACCAAAUAUUUCCAGUAAUUUACGCUCUUGGUUGGAGUUUAUAUCGCCAGGGCAAGUUUUCAAUCGGGUACUUAAACUUCGACAGUUCUAUUCGCACGAGUAUGGCACCGUUAAACAUUCUCUCUACGAUCGGGCUAGGAAAGGUGAAUUGAAGUUGGCUCAACAUUUCAAUUUUAUUCAAGAGGAUCUGUCGAAGGUGCUCCCAAUGUUGGACAAUCUUCGCCAAGCCUGCCUUCGCAAGUAUUUAAAUUCUUUUCUAGGACAGGCAUUUCUGUUUAAAAAAGUUUCUCAAAUAAAUUCACUAGCAGAAUAUUGUAGAGUUUCCAGAACGUUUCAUAUCAGUGGUGUUUCAAAUUUUGAGAAUCCACUUCCUGUAUUAAUUACACUGGGUAAGUUAGAGACUUGUUUCGAUAAACUAAAACACCGAAACCAUUUCAAGCUUCUUAAUAGUAUUAGGAAGAAAAUUUUGAAAAGCCUAGACUAUUUUAAAAGUUUUUCAAACGAGCGAUUCACUGAGUUAGUAAGAUCAGGCAUUGGGAUUUUUAUGACCAACAAUCGAUUGGACUACUUAAGAAACUACGCAAAAUUUGUACUGUCAUCAAAUAGAAAUCCCUAUCAAUACGAAUUUGGAUUAAAAGUUGCGGUAAUGUACAUCUGUAACCCAGAGUUGCAACAGCUCUUACAGCUUGAAAUCGAAAAGCCGGACGACUCCAGUGCAACAAGAAUGGAAAUUUUGAAAAAACUUCAAGAUCAUGCUGAAACCAGAGAAAUUGAUCAACUCCAUAGAUUAACCGUAGCUAGUAAUUCAUCAACAACGGAAUUCACCCAAGAGUUUCUCAAUGGUCUCGAUUUACAAUUCGACUCCGAAGAUUUACUUCAACAGCUGGACAAGCGGCUGGCAAAAUAUUACACCAAUUUGUUCGAAAUAGACGAAAAAUAUAGAACGCUGGCAGCAUUCUGCAAACUUCAUAAGAUAGCCUACCCCAAGGAAAAGGCCGUCCGUUGCAGAACGAUGGAUCUGCAGAAACGCAAAAAAGUUUUCAAUCUACUCCUCGAAGACCUUCGACAGAUGAGCUCACUUCCUCGUGUCAGGUCCGAUGGGUUUAUACCAUACGUAGCUGCAUUGGCCGAUCAUAAAUUACUCGAUAGAAAAAUCCUAGCGUUUGAGCUUGUUCUACUUGAUGUGUUGGAAAUCCUUUCCAACCAAGGGGUGCUCCAAGACAACGCGUCUAUGUUGUCUUACUAUCGACCCGUUAUCUCCGGUAGGAAUUUAAGAAACUACCUGGCUCAUGAUGGUUUCAUUUAUGAAACUAUAUGUAAAAACAGAAAUUCAUUUGACACUUUGCUGUUAAACGCUGCCGCGCUAGUAAAGUUUGGCGAUAGACUCCUCAAUGCUGGUAGAAAAAUUGAUCCUAAAGCCGAAGUUUCGAUUUCAACGUUUAAUGUUUGGUUUGCGCAGGAGUUCAAAUUAAAAACAGACCAUUUCAAUGAUAAAGAAUGUUUAAAUUUGGUCACUUUUGAGUACAAAGCUAGGGAUUGUCACAACCGUAGUGUUCUAGAAAAAAUGAUUGACAAACAGUCCGAAAACUUCAUACAUUUACUAAUGGGAAGACCAUCGCACAUUGGAAAAAUCCUAAGAAACUUUCUAGUUUCAACACCAAACCAAAACCACAACUUGUAUGACGACUGGAAGUUCAGCGUUCGAGAAAUUUUCGACAAUGCAAACCUACGGUCCUGCUUAGACUUUUAUUUGGCUUUGAAGCAUCACCACUUUGAGCUGGAGGAAGCCAUCGAUCGACUGCGAGGAGGAGCUUACGAAGCCGAUUCCCUACAGCUAGCCUGCAUGUUUAAGAACGAAAAAUCCGCAUUGGGAAUAAUCAACAGUUCCCAUUGGUACAAAUUUUGCCGUGGAGAUAGUUCGCAAUUCAGCGAAACAGUCCUCACCAGAGCCGUGCUAUGCAACUUGCCUGCCGUGGUGAAACGAAUUUGUGAAGUUGAUUCGGAGAUGGUGUGCCGGACUAAUUCCGCUGGAGAAACAGCUCUUUACUCAGCGGUAGUUAUGGGGUCGCUUGAAAUCGUGAAGAUUCUUUGUGCUUUCGGAAGCCUAGCUCACACCUCAGUAAAAUCACCAUUAAUCUAUGCAGUGGAUAUGAGAAAAGACGACAUCGUAGAAGAGCUCUUAGCAAGUGAACAAGAAUUUUCUAAAAACCAAGAGAUGCUAACGAUCCUCGUACAGUCCGCGGCAAGUUCUAAUCAUCACAAAUUGUUGGAGCGACUUCUUCCUAUGAUUAAAUCUAGAAAAACCGUUCGAGAUGCGCUCAUAGCAGCUACGAGAAGAGGUCACCUUGAAUCAACGUUGACCAUACUCGAGAAUAAUCCUUCAACGGUUAACGAAGUGGAUCAAAACGGACAAACGGCUCUAUACCAUGCCUGCUUUAAUGGCUCCCGAGCGGUUGUCAAAGCUCUGCUCCAGUACGGUGCCGGUUGCUGCAUCCCAUCGGACGAUUCAGCCCUUGAAAUCGCAAUCCACAUGAAUCGAACUCGUAUUCUGAAGAUUUUUAUUUCAGAAGGUAACAUCAAUCAAUCAUACAGAGAGUGCUUGUUUGAAACGCUGUUUCUGCAGACGAAAACCAAGCUUGCUUGGAUGGUGUUUAAGGCGGGGUUUCCUUGGAUUGUUCAAAACUCUCGAAGAUUUUGUAACCAGUUUUCGAAACAUGCUAUCAGGGAGCUGUUUUUGAAAAUGUGUCAAAAAAACUCUGACUGUAUUCGGCAAGUAACGGUAGAAGUUCUUGUAGAAACUACCCUUCAAGGGGAUUUGAAUUUUUUGGAAUUUUUCGUUGAUAAAAUUGAACUUAACGCACGGGAUCUCUCGACUUUAAUCAAUUGCGCCAUGAAGACAAACAAAAAUGAAGCGUUUAAUUUGUUAAAAUAUCGAGGAUGCAAUUUCGACUGUGCGGAUUCAAGCGGAAUAACACCCCUGGGUUUUGCGGUUGAUGUAGGAAAACCAGAUUUCGUCAAAGCUAUCGUAAAGCUAAAGGCUAACCCCAAUACUGAAACGAUGGGUCAAUGUGAUGUACUGACGGCUGGCUUUAACUUGUUUGGCCUGAGCCACGAGCAGAACAUUAAGAAGACACAGAAAGUGCCCCACGACGGGCCUAUGUGCGAUCUGCUAUGGAGUGGUCCCGAGGAUACAAAAGCGCUGGACGCUGUAGAAAAUGCUGAAGGAGCAGUUCGUUUUGCAAUAAGGGCCGUUGUCAAUUCUCAAAAAGAAAGAUGGCUAACAUUUCCCGUAACCCUGGCCGCAUUUAAGGGGCACAUCAAAAUUUUACAAUUUCUGCUGCAAAAUGGUGCCCUACCGGAUCCGAUCGAUACAUGGAACUUGACCCCUUUGAUCGGUGCACUGCUCAGAGGAAAUCUGGAAAUUGCAAGGCUACUGGUGCAGUGCGGAGCUAACAUGGAACAUGUAAGAAGAUUUAGGUUUCCCGAAGGUGAAACAGUGCUUCACGCAGUAGUUUCCUUGGGAUUCACUGAUUGUUGUAGAUUGCUGGUUGAAGAAAACACCUUUGAUUGUACUGUUUUGGAUGACAACAGGAACAGCCCAUUACAUUUAGCGGUAAAAAACAAUCGGAUUGAAGAGCUGCACCUGCUUAGAGAUACGAACUGGAAUCACAGGAAUAAUGCGGGCGAUACAGCAAUCAUGGCUGCUCUCAAACAGCCAACAGUUGCAUUGGUCCAACUUCUGACUACACUUCCUCAUGGGGUAAAAAUAAUAGAAUCGUUUGAAGAUUCUCUUGGUAGAUCGGUUUUACACUACGCAGCUCAGUCGGGAUCAACUGAAUUGGUGGAAUACCUCCUUCAUACCUUCAAACUUGAUGUCAACUGGAUUGAUUACGCCGGUAAACCUCCCAUUUACUUUGCGAUUAAGCGCAAUUUUGAGUCUAUUACUAAGCUUCUUCUACAGUUUGGCGCCGUACUUUACCAUUCAAAGUUUAAAAAGCAACCAAUUGUACUAGCGAUCCAGGAAAAUCAAAUCAAUACUAUUCAGUAUUUCUUUGAUAUCAAUCCUACUUUUAAGCAAAACCUGGAAGGUUGUUUUCCCGAUUUAGUCGAAAUGAGUAUAAGCUUUAAUAAUAGCAUCAUGACAGAAAUUUUGAUUAAAUUCCUAGACUAUGAUAUAGAAACAACAUUCAAGGAUGGGAAUUCACUGCUACAAUCAGCAGUUUUUCGAGGUUCCGUCGAAUUAGUCGAAGUACUUUUAAAUUUGGGAUGCAACAUUGACCGGAUGAACAUCCGAAACCAGACAGCUUUACUUAGUGCAAUGAUAUUCGGUAACUGGCGUGUGGCGGAGUUCCUUCUCGCUAGACGCUGUUUGAUUCAGGAAUUCAAGGACUUUCGCUUUCAAUUUGGGGCGACCCUACUUCACCAAGCCGCUGAUAUAGGAAGCUUGCAAACAGUCAAGAUCUUGAUCAAACAUAAAAUUCUACCGGAAUGUAUUCGAGACUGUCGUGGAAGAACGGUGGCACAUUAUGCAGCCGAGUAUGGUCAACUUAAAAUAAUCGAGUACUUGAUCGAACAGGAAUUCCCUUUUGAUUUGCAAGAUGACCAAGGUCAAACGGCUUUGUCGCAUGCGGUGGCAGAAGGCCAACUAGCAAUCGCUCGCAGACUCCGCGAAUACGGGGCCUCGUUAAAUGGUGUUCUCGAGUCGAAACUGUACGCGGAUCAAGUGAAGAGGGAAGAACCACCGAGUGCAGCGAUGAGGAAGGCGAUAGAAAGUGGAUCAAUAUCAGAAGUUCAACAACUCAUCUCCAACGCUUCAGUUGAUGAACCCGACGAAAAUGGUCGUACCCUUCUACAUCACGUUUGCGAAUCGAACAACUUGGAAAUGGUUCAGCUUUUGCUGAGCCAUGGUGCCACGAUCGAUAAACCAGACCAUGGAGGUGUUUCUCCGUUGAUUAUCUGUCUUCUCAAUGGACAUCGAUUGUUAACUGAACUUCUAAUCGACCAAGGAGCUUCUCUGGAUAAAAUUUCGAGCUAUCGUCUUCCAACGGAUGAUGAGGGAACUGUGUUGCAUGAAAUCGCUCGAAAAGGGUUUACUUCAACUCUAGAUUUAAUUUUAAACCUUGAUGUAUUUGAGGUCGACAUUGGUGAUCGGGACCACACGACUGCACUUCAGGUUGUCGCAAUGUAUGACAAUACGAUGGAAUGUGCUAAGCUUCUGGUUAAAAACGGUGCAAACAUCAAUUUCGUCGAUCGAUUGAAUUCAACCGCACUUACUCGAGCUUUCAGCAGCAAUCAAGAAACAAUGGUGCGAUUUUUGAUAGCACAAGGGGCUCAAAUUGAACCAGUUUUGGCGUAUCGCUUGCCGGGAGCCGAAGGUUACUCUUUGUUGCACCUUGCGGUAUUUCAGAGUCUCUCAAUGGUCGAUUUGUUAUUGGAGGAAAUUGGAAUUCCUAUAGACGUACUGGAUAGUAUGAACCGGACAGCCUUAUUCUUAGCAGUUCAUGCGGGUAAUAACCAAUUGAUCGAUCACCUACUUUUUAAAGGAGCUCAAGUAGACAAUCUCAGCAAAUCUCCUCUUGUACUAGCUGUUCAAAUGAAAAAUCUGUCAGUUGCUGAAAAAAUGCUUAGUAAAUUUGAAAGUGUUUCCACUGUCAGAUGUUCCCAAACUCAGAAAUCAUUGAUUCACUUAAUUUUCAAUCAAGAAUAUUUUGAGCUCAUAGAUAUGAUGCUAUUUCAUCGCAAGUUAGACAGGAUUGCUUUUGACACCGAAGGCAGAACUGUUCUACAUUAUGCAGCAAGCUCAAACAAUUUGUCAGUGUUUAAACAGUUUUUGAAAGGAAUUGACGAUUUGUUCGUGCUUGACAACUCCGGGAUAUCUGUUUUUCAGUGUUUUAUGGAAACGGUUGAUGGAAGCCACAUCACUGAAGUGUUGCAGUUUCUCAACUCAUCUGUAAGAUCUGAACAUCUAACGAAAUUUGUCAAACAAUUGGGAGGUCAAUGCUCUGAUGUCUUCAUGAAAGCUUUCGUAGAGUGGUUGUGGUCGUGUCAUAAAGAAUUUGUAUUUGGAAAUGGUGAAUUACUUGAAAUACUCAACAGUUAUUACGGCGGUAAGGCAAUGAUACGAGCAAUUUCAGAAGACGACGCAAAUCUUACCGAGAUUCUUUUCUCAGCUGGAGACAACCCUUUUGAAGAAGUCGGUCACGGUUUUCCGCCUCACACUACAUUGCUACACAUAGCUGCUCUUAAAAACUCCUCCAAAGCGGCUAGUCUUUUAAUUAAAGUUGCCAAGAUCCCUGUCGAUUGUCGAAACUUUCACCAACAAACACCUCUUUCUCUCGCUGCAUCUUCGAAAGGGCUCAAAACAGCAAAACUUCUUUUAACCAAUGGUGCUAACAUUGAUCUUAUAAACGAUCAAGGCAAACCUCCACUUGUACUAGCCCUCGAAACCGACUACCUAGAAAUGGUUCAACUACUUCUCACUCAUGGGUCGAAUCUCGGAAUCCUCAAAACUUUUCGAUACGAUCACCCCACCAAAUAUGGCGUUCUGCACAUGUUAGCAGUUGAAUCGAAAUCCGCAGAGCUUCUUGCCCGAAUACUCCCCUCGCUAGAUCCAAACUGUGAAGAUCUCAUCGGACGAACACCACUGCAUUAUGCCGCUCAAAAUAACUCCGUUGAAGUCAUCCAAUUUCUCUUAGAAGCUGGCUCUAAUCUGCAUCACCAAGAAUCAAGUGGAGCUACACCACUUAUCCGGGCCAUAGCCCAAGGACACCUGGAGGCAUAUAGAACUCUUCUAAACGCUGGAGCUGACAGUGGAGUUGUGCAAACUUUCCGCAAUCGAAACUUCAACCACGAGUCCGUGCUGCACGUAGUUGCCGAACGGGGCCAUCUGGCGAUGAUGAAGAUUCUGGUUGAGGAGCUAGGCUGUGAGCUGGAUGUGCAAGAUGACCAGGGAAACACACCGCUACAUUUGGCAGUCAAGGCUGGCGAGUUAGCCACUGUCAAGUAUUUGUUGAGCAAAAAUGCUAGCAUUGGGAUUAGAAACAAUGAGGGCAUAGCUGUCUAUCAACUUCUGGAGGCAGUUGAUUAUGAUGUGGAACGUUACGGAAAAUAGUCGUGAAUCUACCAAAAGUCCAAUGUCCUAAGUUCUGAGUCAGUUUGAUGAUUUUUUGUUUUGUCAAGAUGUGGAAAUUUUAAAUGCAUUUGAGUGAUCAGCGGAUGACGACAUCUACUUACGUCUUAUUUUGGUAAUAUUGAAUUCUGAUGUAAAAAAUGUGAUAAUGAUAAUGUGAAUAAAAAACACAUAAAAUGUAAAACAGGAACCAAAACCAGCGGCUUUGGAGUAGUGGUUAGAGUUAAGGUAAUCUACGCCAAGGUUCAUGAGAUCGAAUUCCGGUCGUGGCUUCUCUGUGGUCUGGUGGUUUUAGCAUUUGUAAGAUGCUAGUCAUCAUAACUUCGUAGAAAUAUGAGAUUUUACUGAGAUCCUAUGUGUGUGAGUUCGUUUUAAAAAAAAUGUCGCAAAUUAGGAGCUUCUAGUUGUUUGUAAAAUCAGUACAGAAAACUUGGUCAAAGAAAGAAGCUAUAUUUUUCACGGAUUUUAAAGCAAAAUUAACAGAACAAAAAUCCUUAAUAACGUGAUAUGAAUAGACAAAGAAGAGUUCUUUGAAGUACUGAGAUUUAUUACUAUUUAAAAUUAUUAUUUAAAAUUCAUUUUCAACAAUUCCUUGUGAAUGUAUAUCAAUUAGA